GUGCGUGUGUGCGUGUGUGUAGCCAUGCACCAGGUGUUGGACACACUGAGUGACAGCAUCAGCUCGACCACCGCCAACGACCUGGAUCUCAUCUUCCUCAAAGGCAUCAUGGAGAGCCCAGCGGCCCAUGAGUGUUUUGAGGAGCCCAAGCUGGAGGCGGUACGGGAAAAUAAUGUGGAGCUGGUCCAGGACAUCCUCAAAGACCUGACUCCCCUCACACAGAGGAGCAAAGCGGCCGAUGAGCUGGCGCGCAUCCUGAAGGAGCCCCACUUCCAGUCCCUGCUGGAGACCCAUGACACAGUGGCAUCCAAAAACUAUGAGACUCCUCCGCCAAGCCCUUGUGCCUUCAUGGAUGCAGCCCUCAACAGCCAGCCCAUUCCUCCUGAUGCGAUCCGGAUGGUGGGCAUCCGAAAGGUGUCAGGGGAGCAUCUGGGAGUCACAUUUCGUGUGGAGAGCGGUGAGCUGGUGAUCGCCAGGAUUCUGCAUGGCGGUAUGAUCGACCAGCAGGGCCUCCUCCAUGUUGGUGACAUCAUCAAGGAGGUAAAUGGAAAGGAGGUCGGCAAUGACCCCAAAGUGCUGCAGGAGAUGCUGAAGGAGGCCAGUGGCAGCGUGGUCCUGAAGAUUUUGCCCAGUUACCAGGAGCCCCACACCCCACGACAGGCCUUUGUGAAGUGUCAUUUUGACUACGACCCCGCUCACGAUAACCUGAUCCCCUGUAAGGAGGCCGGCCUGAGCUUCGACCGAGGACACAUUCUCCAGAUCUUCAACCAGGAAGACCUCAACUGGUGGCAGGCCUGCCAUCUCCAGGGAGGCAGCACAGGUCUGAUUCCCAGCCAGCUGCUGGAGGAGAAAAGAAAAGCUUUUGUAAAGAGAGACCUGGAGCUUGUCACCACAGGUCCUCUUUGUGCUGGAAUGGGUGGUAAGAAGAAGAAAAAGAUGAUGUAUUUGACAACCAAAAAUGCAGAGUUUGACCGUCAUGAGCUGCGGAUCUACGAGGAGGUGGCCAAGGUCCCGGCCUUCAGGAGGAAGACGCUGGUUCUGAUUGGAGCGCAAGGUGUCGGUCGACGCAGUCUCAAGAACAAACUGUUAGUGUCAGAGGCGCUGCGGUAUGGGACCACCGUCCCCUUCACCUCCAGAAAGCCGAAGGUGGAUGAGAGGGAUGGGCAGAUGUACUCUUUCAUGACUCGCAGUGAGAUGGAGUGUGACAUCAAAAACGGUCGUUUCCUGGAGCACGGAGAGUACGACGGGAACCUUUAUGGUACCAAGAUCAACUCCAUCCAUGAGGUAGUGGACACAGGGAAGACCUGCAUCCUCGACGUCAACCCGCAGGCAUUAAAGAUUCUGCGAACUUCUGAGUUUUUGCCAUAUGUGGUGUUCAUUGAAGCCCCAGAUUUCGAGGUUCUCAAAGCCAUGAACCGGUCGGCCAUUGAAUCCGGAGUUGUAACAAAACAGUUAACAGACUCCGAGUUAAGGAGGACGGUAGAUGAGAGUGAACGGAUCCAGAGGGCCUAUGGACACUACUUUGACCUCUGCAUCGUGAAUGAUGGACUGGAGGCGGCCUUCCGCAGCCUCCGCUCGGUGUUGGAGAAAUUGACCACUGAGCCGCAGUGGGUCCCAGUCAGCUGGGUCUUCUGA